GUCUCUAUAAAUCCACUAAGCAAAACUUCCAGUUUGUGAACACAAAAGAGGUUUCAACUUAAAACUUUCUGCAAUGGCCUCUCCCAUACAAUCCCACCAAAGCAUUCUUGAUGGAAAUUUAAAACAAGAAGAAGAAGAGAGCUUCCCCUAUGCUAUGCAGCUAGUGAACUCUUGUGCACUUUCCAUGGCACUGCAAUCAACCAUUGAGCUAGGCGUUUUUGACAUCCUAGCCAAAGCGGGUCCAGGAGCCAAGCUCUCUCCCUCACAGAUUGUAGCUCAGAUGCCCACCAAGAACCCUGAGGCAACCGUGAUGCUGGACCGCAUUCUCAGAAUGCUCGCCAGUCAUUCUGUGCUUGGUUGCUCUGUGGUUGCUGAUGAAUUUGGUUCUUACCAGAGACUCUACAGUCUUUCUCCUGUGUCUAAGCACUUUGUGCGUAAUGAAGAUGGUGUGUCAUUGGGCCCAUUAAUGGCCCUGCAUCAAGAUAAGGUCUUCUUGGGUAGCUGGCCCCAAUUGAAAGACGCUAUUCUUGAGGGAGGAAUUCCAUUCAACAGGGUCUAUGGCAUGAAUGCCUUUGAGUAUCCCUCCGUGGACCCCAGGUUCAAUCAAGUUUUUAACACAGCGAUGCUCAACCACACUACUAUUGUUAUUAAACAAACCCUUGAGUCUUACAAAGGUUUUGAGCAACUCAGACAACUGAUUGAUGUUGGUGGUGGGCUAGGAGUUACUCUUAACUUAAUCACUUCCAGAUACCCCCACAUCAAAGGCAUUAAUUUUGACUUGCCUCAUGUUAUACAACAUGCUCCACCUUAUCCUGGUGUGGAACAUUUAGGAGGAAAUAUGUUUGAAAGCAUUCCUAAAGGGGACAACAUUUUUAUGAAGUGGAUACUUCAUGAUUGGAAUGAUGAACAUUGCUUGAAACUGUUGAAAAACUGCUACAACGCUAUUCCACAUGAUGGAAAGGUAAUAGUCAUGGAAGCAGUUCUUCCAAUUACACCAGAUAUUAGCAGUUCUACAAAGUUCACCUCUCAAAUAGAUGUGCUUAUGAUGACUCAAAACCCAGGAGGGAAGGAAAGGACUCGACAAGAAUUUACUGCCUUGGCAACCAAAGCUGGAUUUAGCGGCAUCAAAUAUGAAUGUUUUGUCUGUAAUUUUUGGGUUAUGGAGUUCUUUAAGUAAGAUUUGCUUGUAAUAUUUAGGAAUGCAUCCUUCAUUUCUCUGAACCUUAAAAUAAAGAUGCUCACAACAGAAAAAUUUGAUCCAAAAUUUCUAAGUUCAAGUUGUUAGUUGUUCA